AUGAGGCAUCUUCAGAUUGCCGGUUGGUCAGAGUAUGAAGGUCCUGCUCUUGUGCAAUAUGAUUUGAUUAGUUUUCAUCCAGAGAAAAGGAAGUUCUUGCUUAAACGCGACGUUGAAAUUUGGAAAAAGAAAUUGGAACAACAUGAAGGUGAGCUGGACAAAGUCGUACAUGCUCCUAUUGUUAUGGUCUCCAAAGAAGCGCUCCAGAAAGCAGAGACGCAAAGCUGCAGUCGAGAUAAUGGCCAGGAAAUACCGACUUUAAUAUUCGGAAAGGGUGAACUGCUAUGCUUGGACGGUCAGUCCCGCAUCAAAGCGUUCAAGAAUUCGAACCGUCUGCGAGGCUGUACUGGAUUUGGAAUUGUACACAUUGUUCUCGAUGACAUUGUUGGAGCAAAACGCGAUGUGCUUUUGAAGGGCUAUCUUCACCAGAUCACGCCGAACUCUGGCAGGCUUUAUCCCGCAAUCCGAGGAUCGGAAAACUUCGAGAGAAGAGAAAACACAAGGCUUAAGAGCAUUCUCAGCGACGGCAAGCAACGGAACCUGAAAGUGCUCUCGAAAUGUGACACUCUUUCAGGUGCAUUUGACAAGGUGCUACUGUCGUUUCCAGCGAUGGCGUACGCUUUACAACUAGGCAGCAUCAAAACCUACCACGCAACGCUAUGCGAAGUAUCAAUCAAGAAAUACCUUGUGGAUUAUGUUUUCGGUUUUUGGAGCGAGGUAGUGGCGCAAACGCAAGCUGAGAUGGAUGGGUUUGAAAUAUUACAAACAAGCGACAUUCCAUCCGAAGUAUUCGAGACCUUACAGGGCAUGAUGCCUGGAGUGUCAGAGGAUGAAUAUGGGGAAAUGCACGAUUUUUUCUCCCACCCGACAGUCCUCGAAGGAUUCAGUGAAGCGUGGCGAAUGAGUUUGAAGGAAACUAUUCUCCAAUCCAAAUCCAAUUGCAUGAUUCCAUCGAUGAAAUUGUUUGGGGCGCACAUGGUUUUCCUGGAAAAUAUCUCAAUUUGUAUGAGGGAACUACUCGAACUCGGAAAAAAGCAAGUGAAGCGCGGUCAUGGCUGUUCCACGCCUCUGGAAAUGGAGUUGAGACGACUUUACACUGCAGAAAUGAACCUCGAUGAUGAGUAUUAUAUUCAAACCAUUAAUGGUUGGCGGUCUAUACGUGCUCCCUUCGAAGAGCGUCAAGAGUUAAGUUGUCGUCAACUCUGGUUGUUCGUGAUGAGAGAGGGGACUCAGGUAGAUAAGUGUCAUCUCGCCUAUACUGCGAAGCGCUUAGGAUUUUCCUCGAACCUGAUAGAAACACGCGCAGCCGAUUAUGUGGCUUGUGAGGUGAAUCGAGGUGUGAUGUUACACCCUUCCAACUGGGCAGACCUUCCGACCGUCACAGUUAAACAGAGACUAGGGCAAAAGGGAAAUCGAUGGUCCGAGAGGUCAAACAGCGCAAAAAAAUAUCUAUUUUUUGACCUAGCUGAGACAAUUGGGACUGAAUCAGCGCAAAAUGCCCGAAAGCUGAAGGGCGUUACAACGCUAGUAGAAUUGGCAUGUAUAUACCGCGCCUUUUUCGGGCAUCCUUUUCGUCCGUCUACUUAUGCCGAACCCUCACCCACAAGCGAAGUCACCCGUCUCAGCCCUCCCACAGCAAGAUAUUCUGAAGUCAAUUACCCGUCUCUGUCGAGUGUAUCACCUCGUGGACAGGAUGCUAGUGAAAUUGUUUCUCCUCCCGACGAUGAUUGGCGCGCGCCGAGCCUAGUGAUACCUUCUACUCCACUUGAAAAAUCAGAAGAAUACAUUCCAACGGCCAGAGACGCCAGCAAGCCGCCUUCUGUAUUUGUUGAGGCCAGUGAUGAUGAUUUUGAAAGCCUUGAAAGUCCUACAAGUGCUUGCUCUGGCCAUAAGCAGUGCGGAGUAGGAGAAUGUCAAUCUUACAGAAGCUCUUCAUGCAAUCGGGAUUGGCGCGAGCCGAGCCUAGUGAUACCUUCUACUCCACUUGAAAGAUCAGAAGAAUACAUUCCAACGGCCAGAGACACCAGCAAGCCGCCUUCUGUAUUUGUUGAGACCAGUGAUGAUGAUUUUGAAAGCCUUGAAAGUCUUACAAGUGCUUACUCUGGCCAUAAGCAGUGCGGAGUAGGAGAAUGGCAAUUCCAUAGAAGCUCUUCAUGCAAUCGGGAAGUUUCCAUGCCGACUCAUGUGGGAGGUAACUGUUCUAUUCGACAUUUGAACUCCAUUCCUAUUGAGGUUCCGGACCAUGCUCAGGAAAGGAACGGUGCAUUAGCCUCACUGAGCCUCCUGCCAGCGGCAGAAGGGGAUUCUACUGAUUCCCAAAAUCCACUGGGUAUUAGUGACCCAGAUUCUAAGCAUAUUUGGCCGCUGAACUCGGAGGUAGAGACUGAAGGCCGGGUUAUAGCUGAAAAUACAACGACAAACGGCAGAAAUAUUCCGAAUGACCACCGUGGAUGGACGCAGACCAUCGUCACUACCAGUCCAACAUCUUGGCCCCUUCAGCUUGCACAAAUACGGGCCGAACCGGAUCAGCCACCUACAGCAGAUAAGUCAAUAGAAAAGACGACGGAUCAAGACAGGCUAACAGCCCAAAUAACAGGUGGGCACAGUCUGUGCGCACUAGAUAAAGCAGAAGAGGCGGGACAGAGACAGCAAGUGUAUCUCCAAGAAAGAAGAGCAGGACGAGAGAGCGAAGAGAAGGAAAAUAACGAGGCAACGUGUCAAUGGGAGCUGUACGAGAGCAUAGAAAUGGGAAGUCCCAUUUCAGCACCAUCACUUGGGGACGAUGAGCAUUAUCGAAAUAGCAUGAGCCUUUUUGCAGCGGAGCCCUAUAGCGAGGACGAGGGGCAAAUGAAUGAUACAGAUGUCGUCAAUUCUGGAGACCUGGAGUGCGAGUUUGAAGGAACUGAGCCGGAUGCCUUACUGUUGCCCAAUGCAAUAAUAACCAGCCCCGUUAGAACGGAAAUCAGUUCACCUGUAGUUUCCGUCGGGGAAAAAGCAUUUCCGGGAGAAGAUGAGCCAGCAAUCACAGGAUCUGUACCUCACACUGUCCUUGGGGAGGCAAACGCAACUCAUGAAGCGAGGCCGGCCCCGCCAGCGAAGAAGAGACCCUUGACUGCAGAAGGACGGGGCUUCUUACCCGUGAGAUCCCAAAGCGCUCCGCCGGGGCAAAAGCAAGCAAUUUGCGCAAAAUCUCUUGAUCUAGCCUCCAAUCCCGAUCCUGUGGUUUGCAAUACCUCCCUAAGAACGCGGUUGCGGCGCCGAGACAGCAUGGAAAUUCUCCCAACCACGCCGGGACCUGUAGGAAACGAGGGAUGGACUCCCGCUCCGGAACGCAAGGAAGACUUCCAUAAUCCAAAAAAUAGUGGGCAGUUCCAAACCAAGACUACAGCUCGGUGUUUACCGCAAGGGCAGGUUGUCCAGGAUGGGGCAUUACGACCAAGUCAAGUGCCCCAGUCGGGUCGCCAAGUAGAUGGGAUGGACGCCGUGACCCAUUCCAAGUGGCAACAACCAUCUGUAGGAGACGCGGAAAACGCAGGUAGUAAAUACAUCAUGACCCCCGUUGAUGGUUUGGUCGGGAACUCGCCUAAAUUGGCUUCUUUGGACAUACAUGUUGAAGCCGUCAUUCCUACAGCGCCUCAAGCUGCAGAGCAAACACAAUUCAACGGUGUACCAGAAGGCAAUGGAAUGACUACGUGGGCUAGAAUGAGGCGUUCGGUCAGUGGGCUUGCAGCUCCAGAAAGCUGGUAUCCGGAGGAGCACAAUGCUUCUCAGCGAAUUUACAGGAGCGAUACGAAGCGUCGAAAAUCCAGAGCAAGUUAUAUGAGCAAAAGACCUUGCAUCGAAAUUUCCGCUGCAGCUCGUUUGAGUAAAACCCCAACCAGGACAAUGCUUCCACAAACAAGGACACGAGCCGAAGCCAAAGACUAUGAAGUAUACGGACCCAAAGCCUUGGCUAUGGUUGAGGAGAUGGUAAGAUUUAGCCAGGGAUCAACGGUGCUCCAAAGCGAGAAGAACUCGACCGAGCCCAUUUCUCGGCAGGAUAGGAACCCUUUGGAGCCUUUGAGAACUAGAGCCAUUCGAGAAUAUAGCGAGAACUCAAAAACCACUCAAGAGACUUACAAGACUCAUGGAAAGCGAUGGAAAUCAAAUUUAUGGAAAUUCAAGACGAACAAAAGGCCCUGCAUAGAGGUCACUAGGGGACGGACUGUAUUAGGCAAAAAGCAUGUGUACGGGCUGCAAGCAAAGGCUGCGACUGAGGAGAUGAAAGCGUUUCUCAAGACUUCGAGGGAGCCACAGAGUGAGCGCAGCUCGACCGAGCCCGUUUCUCGGCAACGCAGAGAGCCUUCGAACCCCUCGAGAACUUCCCCUGUUCGAAACUCUGUAGAGACUCCAUCGGACUCCACAAGGCCUUACAAGGCUUAUGGAAAGCGAUGGAAAUCGAGAUUAUCAAAAUUCAAGAGGAACAAAAGGCCCUGCAUAGAGAACCAAGCGGCGCGGCCGGUGAAUGCAACAGCAGCCAGGGCAUUUGAACAACCAACGAGACAAAUGGAAAUGAACCGUCGUCAAGUGUAUGGGCUGCAAGAAGAGGCUGCUACUGAGGAGAUGAAAGCCUUUCUUAAGAGAUCGAGGGCGCCACAGAGUGAGCGCAGUUCGACCGAGCCCGUUUCUCAGCAAUGCUCAAACUCUUCAGAAAGCUCGAAGACUGGACCGGCUCUAGAAUGUGUUGAGACCCCGUCAGCUUCCUUACAGCCUAACAAGGACCAUGGAAAGCGACGGAAUCCAGAAAUACCGCAAUAUGAGACGAACAAACGGCUCUGCAUAAAGAACCAAGCGGCGCGGCCGGUGAAUGCAACAAUCGCCAGGGCAUUUCGACGACCAAUGCGACAAACGGAAAUGAACCGUCGUCAAGUGUAUGGGCUACAAGCAGAGGCUACUACUGAAAUGGUGACUGCAUUUCUUCAAAGGUCGAGGCUGUCUCAGAGUGAGCACAAUUCGACCGAGCCAGUUUCUCCGCAAUUCAGGGCCUGUACAAAGCUGUUGGAAGCCGUACCUGAUCCGGAACAUGUUGAAAAAGCGAAUACAUUGCAAAGCAGUCCCAAAAAAUCCUCGGACGUCGAGUACAUCUUGAAUGACCUACCAUGCCCGGUGAAUUCCGCGCUAUCCCCAGCAGCCAACGCUGAAGUAAUGGCCUCGUUUUUAUUACAAAGAGGGCCAGAAUACCCCCCAUCGGACCAGCAUGAGCACAAGUUCAGCUCAAACGAAGGAGAAAUGCAGCAUUCCAGGGGCUCUGUCAAACCGUAA